AUGGAUUCAGGCAAAGUUGUUCACAGAAAGAAACCGGACAUCCCCGGAGCAGCAGACAUGAAGCAGCACCAGGAGGUCAGCGCCAAAAGUCUGGAUUCAACGAAGGUGAUUCGUCUCCUGGAAGAUCCGCUGACCGCUAAUUUGAAGGAGAGGCACCUGUUUGUUCUGAAGAAACUAUUGAAGAGAAGCCAAGUUGGUUUUCUGUUGAAGGAUCUGAAAGACUUCGCCAGAAUUCUCAAUAUCUGUGCUGAGAAAGUGAACGAGCACCCUGAAUAUCUGCCCACAUUGUGUGAGGCUCUUAAAAUUUGCAGAUUUCCCUUCCUGAAGGAGAAAGCAUCUGAUGAGCUGAACUACGCUAAGGACGUCAUAGAGUUCAUCUCCUACUUGGGAUGUCUCAUGCGGGUGUCAGAUGCCGGAGUGAGACAACAGAUAGUUGAAACGGUGAAAUCAUUCUACAACCACGUGGCUCCUAAACAGCUGCAGCACGGUACGGACAGUGCCACCAGGACCAAGCCUCGGACUUUAUGCUCUAGCAGAUUUUCUAGACUUUCACUAAAUCUCCAGUCGACGUCCCCAGGCUACAGGCUGCAGCUGCUGGAGCUCAGUGACGUGGCCCAGACGCUGCUCCUCUCCAUGAGCACCCUGGAGAACCAGCCCACCAUCAAGCUGCAGCUCCUGAAGACCCUUCAGAUCCUCUCAGGCUCCUCUGAUAGGAACUGUGCUUUAAUGCUGAAUGCACGUGGGGCCGAGACGAUCUGUCUCCACAUGAACGAGCCCGACCCGACCGGAGAGGUCCUUGUCCACUCCUCAGAAAUCCUCUGGAACCUUCUGGAGAGAGGCAGCAAGGACACGGUCACGGCUCAGCUCAGCAGCAUGGAGUGCACUGUAUCUCUGAAGGAAGCGUUCUUCCACAAGCUGAUGAGCGGCUUCCAGCCUUCAGACCUCCAGCUCAGAAACGAUCUGCUCGUGAUCACAACUCUCAUCGCUGAAAACCCAAACCAUCUGCUCAUCGAGAGUCUAUUUGCGAAGCAGCUCAUGGUGUUCGUCACUUUUCCCGAGUUGAAAACUCACAAUCCCCUGGUUCGCAACUUCAAACUCAGCUACAACAGCGAGGACUUGAAGAUGAAGAAGAUGCUGUUGAAUCUGUUGGUUUUGAUGUCGAAGGAUUUGGCCGCUCUCCAGCUGUACAAAGAGGAGCAGGUGAUGCUGGCCCUGCUGACGCUGGUGAAGCCGCCUGCUGCCGCGGCUGAGCAGCGAUCGGGGGGGCGUCACUGGUCCAUGAUCCAGCAGGAGGAGCUCCAGCUGCAGGCACUGGCCACGCUGGCCACCAUCGCUCCGCUCAUGCUGGACGAGUACGUGUCGUGUCUGGGAAACGCUCGCCUGCUGCUCCUGCUGGACUGGUGCACGGGGCAAGAUUCCUACUUUGGUGAUUGUCACAGUUUCCAUGGCACCGGAGGCCGAGGCAGUAAGAAGGCUCAGAUGAGGCACUGCAUCAGAGUUCUCAGAUCUGUGACGUCUUUAGGGGAAGAGUCGGUCAGCCAGGACCUCUGUGACCAGGGAACCAUCAGUCAGCUCAUGGGGAUUCUGAUGCAGAUGGAAGGGAGUCCUGAUGAGGAGGAUCUGGUGACGCUGGAGAUCAAGUCAGACAUUCAGCUGAUUCUUUCAGCGCUGUGUGAGAACGACAUGCACAGGAAGGAACUGUUUGGGGCAGAGGGAGUUGAGAUGACAGUUCAUUUCCUGAAGAAAGGCCCAGACAAGUUCUACAGCGGCCUGGGUCACAACAAGCUCAUCCUCUCCACGGUCGACUGUGUGUGGUCCUGCAUCGUGGGCUGCUACACCACAGAGGAUUAUUUCUUGGUUAAAGAAGGAGUGUUUCUUCUGCUUGACUUACUCGUUUCGAGCCCGAGGUGUGUGCACGCCAUCGUUCUCGCCACCCUGUUGGAGUUAUGUGACAACCCCAACACUCUGACUCACAUCCUGAGCUGGAGGGAUGACGGCGGUCGGACAGCGUCCAGUGUCCUGCUGCAGCUGUGGAGGCUGGAAGAGGAGGAGCUGGGAGUCACCCGAGACCAACAUGGAGGGAUAGCAGAUCCCCAGAGGCUGGUCCUCAGGCGUGACCAGGAGGACACGCAGCUGACAUCCAACACGCCGAGUGCAGCAGUGAUGGAGAUAUCAGAGAACCUGCGCUCCAAGAUUUACUCCAUCUUCUGCAAACUUGGUUUUCUGGAGCUCCCCGGAUUGACAGCCAAAGAUUAUGUGACUCUGGGCAUCAUCAAGAGAUAUCUGGACUUUAAGGUCGGUGAGAUUUGGGACGAGGUCAGCAAGGAGCUGGUUCUAGACGGCGUGAGGCCGAUCAGCCCGGACCAGGAGUCUCUGAGGGCCAUCUGUAAGAUCCCAGAGGACACUGCCAGGAGUGUGAUGACGGAACAGAUCAGCAUCCUGGAGCAGCAGAAGAAGGAGGAGGCUACUGAGGAGAAGAUCGUGUACACGGAGAUAAAGUCUCACUGGAAACAACGGGAGCUCACAGCGAAGUCUUGGGACAGUUAUGUCUCCAAAACCUCGAACUAUGAAGUCCUGAAGGAGGUAAAAGCCCAGAGGAAGGAAGACAUGGAAUCAUCCAGACCAAAACGAACAGAGGCGGAUCCUGUUGUUCAUCCUGCAGAGCAUUUCGUUGGACAGGUGAUCGCAGCAGAGAGCUCUGAGGCUCAGGCGUCUGCAGGAGUGAAGCUGACUCUGACCAAAUCUCUGAUCAAGAGUCCAGGUCCGAACCCGGAGGAACCAGCAGCACGAGACCCAGAGCUCUGCAGCUCCGGGUCUGCCAAAGACCGGCAGGUUUCAGGUGAGGUCAGCAUGCAGCCGCAGGGCAGCUUCACUGACCCCAUCGCAGUGAUGAUGGCCUCAGUCGGGACGGGCCUGUGUCUGUACAGCUCCAGACAGAUGGCAGAGCGGGUCCAACUCAAACUGCCCAACGCCUGA